CCCGGACCCCUUGCGUGGAGUGCCUCCACAGGUUUUAGGGUGUCAUUUUGAAACUACUGCUAGAUUGAAGGUGGUAGAGGCUCUGCACUUGCUGGAGAGUAUAUGGAUUUGGAUGGCCGUGAGUGAAAUGCUGAAAUGAGAAGUGGUGGCUGAAGCACAGUGGAUCCUCGCUUGAAAAGGGUGUUCGUUGUUUCAUCGUUGUUGAUUCGCUGUCACGAACUUCCUUUCCUGGAGAAGCAUAGGAGAGUCUCGCUGUCCAAUUGCAGGAGGUGACUUGUUCUGAAAAAAUAUGCAGAUCAGAGGAACGCACUUGAGUAUAUUUCAAAACAAGCGGCCAACAGAGUUCCCUUCUCUCCAUUGUCAACCCCCACCACUCUUCACCUCAAUUGCAAGCUUCAAAUAAGUCAGCCACACGUAGCGUUUCUCGAUGCCAGAUGACACUAGAGAUUUAGAAAUCUACCGUUCCCUGCCCGUUUGGGGAGACAAGGCUCCCUGUAAAGUAUCCCUUUCCCUCUCAAUUGAAGGAGUGCUGUACCUUGCAGCAUUUGGUAGAGGGAGUCGAAAUUGCCUGGAUUCUAAUUUUGAAAUCUCAAUGCUGUAUCUCGCAAUCGCCAUGAUUGCGGCAAGGUAUGAAAUAAGUACCAUUUGAGACCGAUGAUGAAGACGUUGAUUUGGAGCGUGACUGGGCCAUUCCUCAGCCAAAGGCAGACCCGAAAAUGUGAGGGCGAUGGUUGUUGAGAAGAUCCCUUGAUAUUGGAUGAUUAAUCAAGUAUGCGUGUUUGGUUCUUCUUGGUCAAGUACUUCUCUUAAGAACCUUUCAAGUUAAUUCAAAUGCAAGACUUUGUGGUUCCAGCGUGGAGCUAUGAUGUGCCUAACAUGAAGUAAACAAAGCUAUUUGUACAUGGAAGUGGCGGCGGGUGAGAUUGAGGCUUGGGGGUUCCCGUCUCUCGUUCAGUUUGACUGGGGAAUUCGAUGGCAAAGGUCCCUUGCUGGUGGACUUUUG